AUGCUUGCGUGGAGCCGCUUCCCCAACAGCGCUGCUGGGUCAGCCGAUCCCAAGCAGCAGCAGAUGAUGUUCGCCAACGGCGCUCCCUGCGACUCUGCCGUGCACCUGACACCGUACGGUGAUGUUGCAAAUCGUUGUUUCUUUCUCGGCGCUAUGAACGGCAUGCCAGUUCAGCCACCCUCUUUAGCCGCCGCGAGCGUGACGUCGCCAAAUACGGCCGCCGCGGGGCGUCCCGGUGUCCCUCACCCGGGCAGCUACGCCGUACCUCGGCCCGCUGCCGGGUACUACUACCCCCCCUACGCAGCCGUCAAGCAGCACGCCUUUCAGCAACCACAAGCUGCAGGCGUGAUGCAGGGCCAAGUGCCGCCGCCGCCGUGUCAGGCUACCACACCCAGCACUACUGCGCUCGCACUUGCGACGCAGCAGCGCAGCGCCGCCGCCUCUAGCCCUUCCUGUGGCCCGGAAAACGCGUUCGCCUCUGCGUCGCCGCAUGGAAAGGGACGUGAGAGCCCUCGCAACGGUCGACAUCGCCGCGGCGACGGCGAGGCGGCGGCAACCCCUGCCUCGGCAGCGCAGCCAUCUUCCCCUGGUAGACACGGCGGUGGCCGCGUCUAUAGCGGACGACGUCACCAUCGCGAUGACCCACCACCUAGUAGUACCAGCUACACGCGCGCACCGUCGCAGGUGGCGACAGCGACGUUUGGGGAGGUAUUUCCGCACAGUUCGAACGGUCCAAACUCACAUAUUGCACCCGCUGCUCCGGCUGCAGCUUGGGGCGCUGCUCACGAUGAUGAUGACGGCGGUGAUGGUGGUGGCCGGCGACGACGCCGGCGUCGUCACGGCGAUGGCGGCGGUGAGAGGCGCCGAACCGCCUCGCCAAGCUCGCCUCCAGAGCCGCGAGUCGAUGAGGAGGCGAAGGAGCUGCACCGACGCCGCCACCGCCACCGCGGCGAAGUGCGCGGCCAGCACGACAACGCCCGCAGCAACACGAACGAGCCCAAGCCUGCCUCCGCACACCUUGCCGGUGACCUCGCCGACACCUCGCGCCACCACCGAUCGAAUCAUCGAUCUGACCAGGGCUGGGGCAGCCCUCCCAAGAGCGCUGCUGCCAAUGUUUCGACAUCAACGGGAGCGGCGGCGCCGUCUGUGGGGCAAACGCCUGUCACCACCCUCGUUGCUUCAGUGCUUCAGCCCGUAUCAGUGGCCAGCACGCUGAUGGUAGCGCCCCCUCCACCGCCGGCAAUGGUGCCUGCUGCGCCACCGGCUCAUAGAGGUGUCCGGAGCACGCUGCCCCUUUCAGCGGCGGCGCCAUCACCGCCGCCUGCGAUACCACCUACGAGCACCUCAAAGGGCCGCCGACGUCACCGAAGCCACCGCCGCACCCCUUCCGCCUCUUCGUCAAGUUCUGGUCGCAGCUCCGACGCGGCAUUGAGGCAAGGGUCGUCGUCGUAUUCGUCCUCCUUGUCCUCUCACUCGGAGACUGCCUCGCGUCCCGCCUCGGCUUCGUCACGCGACCGCCGCCGCCGGCGUCGCAGAGACCGCCGAGGCCGCCGCGGCCGCCGUGGCGGCCGCCGAUUGCCACGCUCAGCCUCGUCGUCCUCGAGAUCACGACCUGCGGCAGGGGAUCCUGCCGGCAGCGCCCCUUCCCUGCCAACGAACAACAACGCCAGCGUCGCUGAAGCUCCCAAGAAGAAGGGAGAUGGCGGCAUUCUGAGUUUUUUCCGGCGCAACAAAUCCACCGCUGCCGAGGCGGACUCGGCUACAGCCGGUAAAGCCGGAGCGCCGGGCCAGGAGACGGCCAUGAUGAUGCUGCUCCCCAUGCCGCAGAGGGCGCUCUACGAUACAUCCAUGUGGCCCUGCAGCGCCGCUGUCGCGCCGCGAGAUGCGGUGACCGGAGUGCAGCAACGCGAGGCGAGCAGCCGCACUGACGCGGCGGGGCAGCGCCUUCGCGAUCGCACGCCGGGGCGCUCACAGCAUCCCGCACCGAGUAGCGGCACCGUGAAUGCUCACAUCCCUCCGCAGCAGGGCAACGGCAGCCACAACCCCAGCGUUGACCCCAGCACCGCUGUCGCGCCUUCCGGCAAGAGCAAAGGCCUCUUUGGCGGCCUGUUUCGCAGAAAGAAGGACAAGGCAGAUGGGGGCGCCACCGCUGCGGCUGACGCGAGUGCCAACAACGCAAGCACCGUCAGCGGCUGGCCGCCCUCGUCGUCGCGCCCUUCGACGUCCGGCACCUCGGUCAACUUGACAACGAAGGUGGCAACCACUGCUAGACUCGGCACGCCGUCAAUACCUCCGAAAUCCGCGCCUCCCCGUGGCGGAUACGGCGCUGCGCCGAUGAGUCUUUCGCCAGCACCCGACCCAGCCCUCAUGUCAAAGCGGGACGUCGUGGGGCGCUCUACGAAGAAGAGCAAGGCAGCUGCGGCGCAUGUGCGGCAGGAGCCCCUCGAGCCAAAUAUGCUGCGAAGCCCAGUGCAGGCACAGAAGCAGAGCCAGAAUCAACACAGCGGAGGCAACAGAGGGCGCCACCGAAACGAGAGCCGUGGCCACCCAUCACCGGUAGGCGAGCGCGGCGGCCGCACGUCGGGCCGGCGCACGUUGGGAAACCGCGACGGCAGCCCUCGCGGUCGCGGUCGCCGUCGCACCCCCUUGAAAGACUCCAACUCGUGCUCGAGUGACGCAUCAUCGACGUCCUCCAGCACAAAGGCAGCCCCGAAGCAGCACAGCGGCCGCGGGAACACCGGCAGCAAGGCUGCUCGCGCCCAAGCAAACAACGAAAUCUGA